AUGACAGAUUGACGGAAAAAAGUUGUUGUUUUACAUAUAUAAAACUCGCGUAGGCAUACGACUUUUUAAAACAGUUUCAUACAAUUAUCCCAAGAACAGUAGGCGGUUCACACCUUAACACUUUUGGAAUAAAAGUAGCCAGAACUUCCUCAGUCACAGAAAGGGCAAUUGCAAGACAUCAUCGCGGCUUUGUUUUGUGACCAUGAAUACCAUACUGUUGUUGUUACUGCUGUGUGUUGGUGUCGUUGCCGCCAUUAACACGAGAACAACGAUGGUUGACCAAACUCUUAAUAUUAUAGAAAAGAAAUCUUUAAACGGUCUUUUUCUCAACAAGAAGGAACUGUUCGCCAUUGCAAAGCGGGAUCAAUUAGAAGCCCCGGUCUUCAGGCUUAAAGAUUUCUCCGUUUUGUUCAAGUUUGGUGCGUCUUGCAGUCCGUCCGUCAAUCGGUACAUGAAGUGUAAAAGCAGGCCCUCGUUUUUAACCGGUAGACGUACUGCGGUCAGAAAAGCAAGUCUGAGAAAUGGAAACCCCUGUUGUGAUACCAAUACCAUCAUGGUGCAGCCUAACAGCGUGACUGGCGUGGACACGAUGACGUAUCAAGUGGUUCAGGAGCCGGACUCUGUCCAGAUCGUCCAUCUCGGCACCUGCAAUUCCAAAACCCAAGGCAGUGUUUGCUCUAACGCUGGGUUCUGCACACAGCAAUAUCGCAUGCAGUGGUUGUUAGUGCACACCAGUCCAACGGAGAAGAAGUUCGUCCCUGUGGAAAUGCAUAACCACUGUGUGUGUAACUUCAUAUAACUGAUAAAUCAUUCGUUCUUUCAGCUUAUCUGAAAAAACACACACUGGAGAAAUCCACUUACGUAAAAACACGCCAGCGGUCACGAACCAUGUAGUAUAAUGCAAAUUUAAAUAAAUUUAAAUAAUAAUAAACUGCCUUAAGGCGUAACUUUGCUGUUAUCCUUCCGCUUCGUAUAACUUUAAUAUAAUACGGCACAAUAAAUAUGGGUCAGUUAUUCGAGGCGUUCUUACAUCCGCUGACGGUUCAAGCACGUAUGUCUUGGGCACAUCCCUGGAAUUUUCCGGAAUCGAUGUCCUUUUCUUUCAGUGAUAGGAAUGACAUGAAGUGGAUGGACGUUACUAUUUGGUGUGCAUUUAUAAAGUGUGGUUCUUCCUCUGCUUUAGACACACGGAAACAAUGGCUAGAUGUUGAUAUUUUAUAUUUGCAUGUUAAUGUUCAUCAUAAUAUUAAAACUGCUAUGUUGAAUACACGUUUUUAAAAAACAAAA